AUGGGAGAUUUAUUUGAGUUGGUUCGAAAGGACGAAGGAGCCAAAACCAUAUUUUCGCAGUUCCAAUCUCUCCCCUUACUACCAUCAACCCUAAUUGAAAGUGCUUUUAAAGAGUUGGCCAAAAAGGCACUUCGACGAUCACCUCUAUUUGCCAAUUUCAUUGACUACUUUAAUCGUGAGUGGAUUAAAAUUGUAAAGCCGAAACAUUUUUCGGUAUUCAUGCGCGGCACACGAACAACAGGACCUGCCGAAUCCUUCAAUUGCCAAGUCAACAAAAGAUUCAAAACUCAUGGAAAUUUUUUUCAUUUCUGCGAAGCGUUACAAAAAGAAGAACUUGUUAUAGCUCAACAAUUGGAAAAUUACAUUGAAGGAACGGUUCAACGAGAAAAACAACCAAAAUAUUUAAAAAAACGAAAUAUAGCGAUCAAAAAGUAUUCACUCAUGCUACAAAAUAAAGAAAUAACACCAACAGUAUUUUUGGCUACUAUGGCAAAUAAGAAAAAUAGAAUAUUAUAUGCUGACGAGGAUAUUUCACUAAAUGACGUAGAGGUGAAAAUUCUACAAGGGUCGGAGUUAUAUGGAGGUAACGACGACGUUGUUUAUGAAGAGAUAGAUGAGUCAAGUGAAGUGUCAGAUUCGGAUAUAGACAUAUUUAUCGAUGAAAAAGAACCAGUCAAAACAAGGGCCACAAGAAACAAUGCAGAAGUAAUGUCUGACAGAGGUAUCACAGGUCGAGUUACCCGAAGUAAAAGAAAUGGUCGUAACAACUCAGUCGAACACCCAUGUUCUUCAUCAAAUACUCCACCAGUCAUGGGUCAAGUUACUCGGAGCAAUAAAAAUGGCCGUAGCAAUUCAUCUACCUCAUCAAAUGUUCAAAAUGAAAGCGAUACUGAUGACAUAUUUUGCAGGCUUACAAGAAGUGGAACUGCUUUGAAUAAAAUAAAAGCAGCUAUUAAUAUCAUUAAUACACAAAGCGCAUCUUUUGAUGAAAACAGCAUGGAAUGUAUACUUGGCUGUGGACGUAACAAGGCAAUGUUACUAUUACCUUGCCAACAUCAGCACACAUGCAAGGAAUGCUGGUUGAUUUGGAAAAUCGAAAACUUAAAAAAAAUCAAUUGCGACGUAUUUAAUAGUAGUCAAUAUGACGACAGUGUAAUGCAACCAAAAUGUCCAGUAUGCAGAACAACAGUGAACAAAGAAAUUAUUGCAUUUAAUUAA